AUGGAGGAUGAUGGAUUGGGAUCCCACAAGGUGUUAUCUGUUGCAGUUGGUGCAUCUCAUGCCAUGUGUUUGGUUUCAAGGUCAUACCCUCCUUCACUGGAAAAAUCUAAAGUUUCCAGCGAAAAACUUGUGACUGAUCAUAGAGGGAGUUACAAACCUCAUGUUAAAGAAGCGAUUAUUAAGAACGUUCUUUCAAACACUAACUCAGCUCCACUUGCUGGGUUGGUGUUUGAUAUGUUUUGUUCAUCAAUUGUAGAUGUGGGAAAUGAACUUGGUGUUUCUUCUUAUUUGUUCUUCACUUGUAAUGCAGAUUUUCUUGGUCUCAUGUUGUACCUUCCAGGUCGAGAUGAUGAAUAUGGUGGUUAUGAUACAUUUGUGAAGCAUGGAAGAAGAUUCAAGGAGACCAAAGGGAUUAUUGUCAACAAUUACACAGAGCUAGAGGCUCAUGCUGUUAAGUGUUUGUUGAAUGAUUUUGAAGACGAUAAUUUACAUCAUGUUUACACAGUUGGGCCGCUUAUUUAUGUGAAGGGGGAGAGAAGUAUUGCCAAAGGUGAGAAAACAAAUAAGACUGGUUUGGUAUAUGGAUGGACACCACAAAAGGAAGUGUUGGCUCAUAAAUCAGUAGGAGCAUUUGUUUCACAUUGUGGGUGGAAUUCAAUCUUGGAAAGCUUGUGGUUUGGUGUUCCAACUGUGACAUGGCCUAUGUAUGUUGAGCAACAGAUUAAUGCAUUUCAAAUGGUGAGAGAAUUGGGAUUGGGCGUGGAGUUGAGAUUGCAUUAUAGGAUCAUAAAUGGGGAAGUUGUGGUUGCAGAUGAGAUAGCAAGAGCUAUCAAAUGUGUGAUGGAGAGUGAUAAUGAGGUGAGGAAGAAGGUUAAAGAGAAGAGUGAAAAGAGCAGAUUAGCAGUAAUGGAGGGUGGAUCUUCAUAUGCUGCACUUGGAGACUUGAUUGAUGAUAUAUUAAGAAAUAAAGCCAUGAAAGAAGCAUGUAGUUAAUCAUAUUUACUCCCUGAUGAUGUAUGGAUUUGUUCCAUUUGCCUUGAGAGUUUUAUGUUGAAAGUUCAUCUUGAAUCUUUUUGUUUACUAUUGGUAUUUUACUCCA